AUGGCGCUCCGCCUCAACGACGUCGCGCUCUGCCUCUCACCGCCGCUCGCCGCCGGCCGCCGCCUCUGCCGCAGCGGCGGCAGCAGGUUCGUCGCCGUCGCCUCCAUGACGUCCGCCGUCUCCACCAAGGUCGAGAAUAAGAUGCCAUUUGCUCCUCCAAGGGAGGUACAUGUCCAGGUUACACAUUCAAUGCCACCUCAGAAGAUUGAAAUUUUCAAGUCGCUUGAUGAUUGGGCUAGAGAUAAUAUCUUGACGCAUCUCAAGCCAGUUGAGAAGUGUUGGCAGCCACAGGAUUUCCUCCCUGACCCAUCAUCUGAAGGAUUUCAUGACGAAGUUAAGGAGCUCAGAGAACGUGCCAAGGAAAUCCCUGAUGAUUAUUUUGUUUGUUUGGUUGGAGACAUGAUUACUGAGGAAGCUCUUCCAACAUACCAGACUAUGCUUAACACCCUCGACGGUGUCAGAGAUGAGACAGGUGCAAGCCCCACUGCCUGGGCUGUUUGGACGAGGGCAUGGACUGCUGAGGAGAACAGGCAUGGUGAUCUGCUCAACAAGUAUAUGUACCUCACUGGGAGGGUGGAUAUGAGGCAAAUUGAGAAGACAAUUCAGUAUCUUAUUGGCUCUGGAAUGGAUCCUAGGACUGAGAAUAAUCCUUAUCUUGGUUUCAUCUACACCUCCUUCCAAGAGCGGGCGACCUUCAUCUCACACGGGAACACUGCUCGUCACGCCAAGGACUUUGGUGACUUAAAGCUUGCACAGAUCUGUGGCAUCAUCGCCUCAGAUGAGAAGCGACAUGAAACUGCGUACACCAAGAUCGUGGAGAAGCUGUUUGAGAUCGACCCUGAUGGUACUGUGGUUGCUCUGGCUGACAUGAUGAAGAAGAAGAUCUCAAUGCCUGCUCACCUGAUGUUUGACGGGCAGGACGACAAGCUGUUUGAGCACUUCUCCAUGGUCGCGCAGAGGCUUGGUGUCUACACUGCCAGGGACUACGCCGACAUCCUUGAGUUCCUUGUCGACAGGUGGAAGGUGGCGGAUCUGACUGGUCUGUCAGGUGAAGGGAACAAGGCACAGGACUACCUUUGCACCCUUGCUUCAAGGAUCAGGAAGCUGGACGAGAGGGCCCAGAGCAGAGCCAAGAAAGCAGGCACGCUGCCUUUCAGCUGGGUAUAUGGUAGGGAAGUCCAACUGUGA